AGAAAAGAAGCGCCCAUCGCAAACGCGCGUGAUCAAAAAAAUUACAACAACAAACAUGGUUGUUUGAAUUUUGAUAAAGUGUUUGUGCUAUACUUGGUAGCUGAAGCAUGAAAAGUGCUAGUUUACGGAAAUUCCUCACAGAUUUCACUGAUUUGGCUUUCAUAUAAAAAUGUCCGAAGACCAAGCGUGGGCGAAAAUAUGUUCUGUUUUUCCAUUUCUUUGGACAGAGACAUUCCCAUUGCCAUCAAUUGAAGAAACCAUAAAUGAAGAGGUCCUGAGCUUCUUCGCCGAGAAUGGUCUGACAGAGUUCAUCGAGGAGUUGGUCUUUGACUGGCUGGAGAACUCCCUGAGGCAGGAGACGGCCCCCAGGUUCUGGGAGUUGUUCUCCCGGCGCGCCGACGAGCCGGACGGCUUCGAGCGCUUCAGGAGCGCCGUGGCUCUGGCGCACGACUCCAUCGAGCUGCACGCCCGCUCGCUCGAGUGGCUGGAGCGGUCGAGGCAGGCGAGCGGCGCGGCGAGGACCGUCUACGGGGAGAGUAGCGUGUACAGGUCGUUCGUGGCGCUGCUGGGCGCGACCUUGCACUCGCAGCUGCCGCUGGACCACCAGGUGGUCACCCGGGACUUCUACAACCGUGCACUCAAGGUCUUCUGCAAGCCAGACCGGUCAGCGACGGUCGACCAGGACGAGGGGCAGGAGGACGAAGCGCACUGCGAGGGAUGCGACAGCGACGUCGACCAGUGCGAGUGCAGUGCCAUCAUGGAUGUGUUCUACGACACCAACAGGAAGCUGCUGAGGAUGGAGUUGCUGGAGAAGCUGGCUGGCGAGGUGUUGACUUCGCUGAUUCACGUGAGGAUCAAGUCUCACGUGCAGGAGACUUGCAACGGAAGCUUCGGAUCCUCACACAUCACUGACCUGGAAUCUUGGCUGAACAUGGUGAUGAUGGGCUGGCUGAGCCGGGUGUACUGCGACUCGGACAACCACGUGUCGACCCAGGUCAUGGACAAGUUCCGGCAGAAGCUGCUGCACUUGCUGUACGAGACCUACACCCGCACCCUCAUCGACCAGAUCUUCAACAUCAUCAUCGAGUACCCCGAGUCGUCGCCGGCCAUCGAGGACCUGCGGGUGUGCGUGGGCAAGACGGACCUGCGCGAGGACCUGGUGGCCAGCCUGAAGGAGUGCAUGGUGGCGCGCCUGCUGCACCCGGGGGUCAACACCCCCGACGUGGUCACCGCCUACGUGGCGGCCAUCAAGACGCUGCGCCAGCUGGACCCCACCGGCGUGCUGCUGGAGACCGUCACCAAGCCCGUCAGGCGCUACCUGCGCGACCGGGACGACACGGUGCGCUGCGUGGUGAGCAGCCUGACGGAGGACGGGCCGGCCGACCUGGGGGACGAGCUGGCCCACGGGGGCCCCAAGGACGCGGACGAGGGCUGCCCCGCGGGCGACGCCGAGGACUGGGAGGCGUGGGAGCCCGACCCCGUGGACGCCGACCCCUCCAACACGUCGAAAAGUCGCCGCACCUCGGACAUCAUCUCGAUGCUGGUGAACGUGUACGGCAGCAAGGAGGUGUUUGUGAACGAGUACCGCAUCUUGCUGGCCGACAGACUGCUCACACAAACCAGCUUCGACACGGACAAGGAGAUUAGGUACUUGGAGCUGUUGAAGCUCAGAUUCGGAGAAAGUCAAAUGCACUACUGCGAGGUUAUGUUGAAGGAUCUGUACGAUUCGAAACGAAUCAAUGCCCAUCUCUUGUCAGAGCCUACUUUCCAGCUGGAUAAACUGGAGUUUCCAACGUCUGCUAAGAUCCUCUCCGCCCAGUUUUGGCCUCCGUUCAAGGAGGAGACCUUGGAGUUGCCGCCAUUCGUCAAGGAACAUCUGGACCUGUUCACCAAAGCUUUUGAGACUUUGAAAGGCAACCGGACUCUCUCGUGGAAGCACCACCUGGGCUCGGUGAACCUGGAGAUUGCGCUCAAGGACAGGAAGCUGUCCAUGAGCGUGACGCCCGUCCAAGCCACCAUCAUCUGGCACUUCCAGGACAAGAACCAGUGGACGAUCGAGGAGCUGAGCCAGGUCAUGCACGUGCCCUCCACCAUGCUCAGGAGGAAGAUCGCCUUCUGGCAGUCCCAGGGGCUGCUGCGGGAGGUGUGCACGGACUCGUUCCUGCUGGUGGAGGACAACCCCACCAGGUCGCGCUGCCUGGUGCCCAGCGACGUGGCUUGCGAGGACGACGAGGCGGAGAGCGCCAUGGCGUCGGCCCACGACCAGCGCGAGGAGGAGCUGCAGGUGUUCUGGUCGUACAUCGUGGGCAUGCUGACGAACCUGGAUUCGAUGCCGCUGGACCGCAUCCACCAGAUGCUGAAGAUGUUUGCGUCGCAGGGCCCGGCGGCCGUGGAGUGCAGCGUGCAGGAGCUGAGACACUUCCUGGACCGCAAGGUGCGCGAGCACCAGCUGCUGUACAGCGGCGGCCUCUACCGCCUGCCCAAGUCCUGAGCUCCGCAUCCGUCGGCGACUCUGCCCAAGUCCUGAGCCCUGGAGUCCACACAUCCAUCGGCAACUCUACCCAAGUCCUGAGCCCUGAAGUCCACACAUCCAUCGGCAACUCUACCCAAGUCCUGAGCCCUGGAGUCCACACAUCCAUCGGCAACUCUACCCAAGUCCUGAGCCCUGAAGUCCACACAUCCAUCGGCAACUCUACCCAAGUCCUGAGCCCUGGAGUCCACACAUCCAUCGGCAACUCUACCCAAGUCCUGAGCCCUGAAGUCCACACAUCCAUCGGCAACUCUACCCAAGUCCUGAGCCCUGAAGUCCACACAUCCAUCGGUAACUCUGCCCAAGUCCUGAGCCCUGAAGUCCACACAUCCAUCGGUAACUCUGCCCAAGUCCUGAGCCUUGAAGUCCACACAUCGAUCUGUAACUCUCCGUGGUUUCAUUUACCUGCACGUGGGUCACACAUCUGUAUGCCGAUAUUUGGUUUAGUAACACGUACUGUGACCAUUGCACAAUUUUUUUUUUCAUCGUGUGGUUGAUUAUGUUCGUAACUUACUAGCCAUGUUGUUUCUCAAUAAAUAUGUAUGUAAUAAAUAUGUUGUAAGUA